AUGGCGGCGCCAGGUAUUGUCAUGAACAGCAACCACCAAAGUAAUUACAAACUCAGUAAAACUGAGAAGAAGCUCUUAAGGAAACAAAUUAAAGCCAGGCAUACUUUGCUGAGACAUGAAGGCAUUGAGACAGUAUCUUAUGCUACUCAGAGUCUGAUUGUUGCCAAUGGUGGUUUGGGUAAUCAAGUGAGUAGGAACCAACUGCUCCCAGUUUUAGAGAAAUGUGGAUUGGUGGAUGCUCUCUUAAUGCCGCCUAAUAAACCCUACUCAUGUGUAAGAUACAAAACUGUAGAAGAAUCCAAGAAAGCCUAUGAUACGCUCAAUGGCAAAGAAAUAGUGGAUGAUUUAGGACAAAAGAUCAUCCUGUACUUGAAUUUUGUGGAAAAAGCACAGUGGAAAGAGUUGGGGCUUCAAGCCUUGCCUCCAGGUCUCAAAGUAAUAGAAGAAAUUAUUUCUUCUGAGGAUGAGAAAAUGCUUUUGGAAAGUGUUAACUGGACAGAAGAUACAGACAAUCAAAAUUUUCAAAAAUCCUUAAAACACAGAAGAGUAAAGCAUUUUGGCUAUGAAUUCCACUAUGAGAACAACAAUGUAGAUAAAGAUAAACCGUUACCUGGGGGUCUUCCUGACAUUUGUGAGAGCAUUUUAGAGAAAUGGUUGAAGGAAGGAUUCAUUAAACAUAAACCUGAUCAAUUGACUAUAAACCAGUAUGAACCUGGGCAUGGAAUUCCUGCUCAUAUUGACACACAUUCUGCUUUUGAGGAUGAGAUCAUUUCUCUCAGUUUGGGAUCAGAGAUUGUCAUGGAUUUUAAGCACCCAGAUGGUAUGACAGUGCCAGUUAUGCUGCCUUGUCGGAGUUUGCUGGUGAUGACAGGAGAAUCUAGAUACCUUUGGACCCAUGGAAUCACACCCAGAAAAUUUGAUACUGUUCAAGCAUCCAAGGGUCACAAAAGUGGAAUUAUCACCAGUGAUGUUGAAGACUUAACUUUAAACAAGAGGGGAAUACGGACAUCAUUUACGUUUAGGAAAGUGAGGCAAACACCUUGUAAUUGUAGUUACCCUUUGGUCUGUGAUAGCCAGAUGAAGGAGACUCCUGCAUCAUUUCCAGAGAGUGAUAAAGAAGCCUUACAACUAGAGCAAGAUUAUGUCCAUCGGGUUUAUGAAGAAAUUGCUAGGCACUUCAGCAGCACGAGACACACCCCCUGGCCACAUAUAGUAGAGUUUUUGAAAGCUUUGCCGAGUGGUUCAUUAGUUGCUGAUAUUGGAUGUGGAAAUGGAAAGUAUCUUGGCAUCAAUAAGGAGUUAUAUAUGAUUGGCUGUGAUCAUAGCCAAAACCUUGUGGACAUUUGUAGAGAGAGGCAAUAUCAGGCCUUUGUCUGUGAUGCUUUGGCAGUACCAAUCCGCAGUGGAUCUUGUGAUGCUUGCAUUUCCAUUGCUGUUAUUCACCAUUUUGCUACAGCAGAGCGUAGAGUGGCAGCUCUCCAAGAACUUGUUCGACUCCUAAGACCUGGUGGGAAGGCACUCAUCUAUGUUUGGGCUAUGGAGCAAGAAUAUAAUAAGAAGAAGUCCAAGUAUCUUAGAGAAAACAGAACUAGCCAAGGCAUGAAAGAGGAAAUCAGCAAUGAUACAUCAGUGCAAGAGUUGCUUGUGAAGCAGUUGCCUAAUGUAGGCAAUCAAGACUCAGCACAUUCUGUCUCCUCCAUAAAUGACUUUCAAGAUGGAGGAUGUAAUUCAAGGAAUGUUGCUAAUUCCAAGUUGCCUAUUCAUACUAACAGGACUUCUUUUCAUUCUCAAGAUUUACUGGUUCCCUGGCACUUUAAGGGAAAUCCUGGUAAGGACAAGCGUGUUGAGCCAUUUGGUCCAUUAGGAUCCUGUGACCCAGGUCCUGUGUUUCAUCGUUAUUACCAUGUGUUUUGUGAGGGAGAAUUGGAAGCUGCCUGCCGGACUUUGAGUAAUAUCAGCAUACUGCAAAGUUACUAUGAUCAGGGGAACUGGUGUGUAAUUCUUCAAAAGGUCUGA